CAAGACCACUCUGGCAUGAGCAUGAAUAGCUUGAAAGUGCUGAAAUAUGUGGUAUUUUUCUUCAAUUUACUAUUCUGGGUCUGUGGCUGUACUAUUUUGGGCUUUGGGAUCUACUUCCUGAUGAAAAAUAGUUUUGGAUCCCUGUUCUACAGCCUUCCCUCCCUCACCUUGGGCAAUGUGGUCAUCAUUGUGGGAUCCAUCAUCAUGGUGGUUGCCUUCCUGGGAUGCAUGGGCUCAAUUAAGGAAAACAAGUGUCUUCUCAUGUCGUUCUUUGUCUUGCUCCUAUUCAUCCUUUUGACCGAAGUCAUCAUGGCCAUCCUGCUCUUUGCGUAUGAACAGAAGAUAGAUCGGUACGUGGCUAAUGACCUGAGCCAGAGUAUUCAGCGCUACAAAUCUGAUAACAACACCAGGAUGGCAUGGGAUGGAAUCCAGCAGCAUCUAGAGUGCUGCGGUGUGAAUAGCACGAAUGAAUGGAAUGGUCAUCCUCCAGAAUCUUGCCCCAAAGAUCCAAAGACUCAGGGAUGCUAUGUUAAAGCAAAACUAUGGUUUCAGUCAAAUUUCCUGUAUAUUGGGAUCCUUAUCAUCAGUGUAUGUGUUAUCCAGGUGCUGGGGAUGUCCUUUGCACUGACCCUGAACUGCCAGAUUGAGAAAACCAGCCAAUCCCUUGGGAUAUGACCUGAGCUACCUGGGUUGGAGAGAGGGACUCUGCACCUGUGGAAACGUGUCACCACUGGAAUCCCUUUCCUAAUUCCUACCUAUGGACAUAAAUCCAUGAAUUAUCAUUCUCCUGAAUUGGCUGCUUAGCUCUCCUGUUCCCUCUUCUCUUGGCCUUGCUCUUCCUGGUCCUCUAACCCAAGCAGUUGGAGAGGCAUUUGUUGGAGAUGGAUGUCCAUAAAGCUCUCAUUCUUCCCUGCUAUACCCCUCAAAGUAGGGACACAAGUACCAGUAUUUAGGAAGACUUUGCCAGUGCUGAAGACCAAGAGAAACUCUGGAGCUAACAGUUCAAAUGGACUCAUUUGAUCAACAUUUCAAGUCAGUAUCGACUCAUUCAUUCAAGCAUGUUUUAAGUACCAAGUGUCAGACAGACAAGGUGUGCCAGACCCUGGGGAUACAGAGGUUCAAAGCGGCACCUUGGUAUUUUUUGGAAUGUGAAAUGUCUGACCCUCCCCUAAGCAGAAGAAAGGGGAGGAGGAAGUCUGAAAUGUCCCAGGCUUUUUCCAUCUUUCUCCCACUCCCAAACUACCCCCUCUGCCAUGAGUAUCAUUCAGCAUGUUCCAACCAGUCCCCAAAUCCCCCAUAUCCCCUCAGACUCACACCCUUUACCUAUAGUAAAGAUUCAAGAUGUGCUAUCCAAACCCAGGCAAUGACAGUCUGAGCAGAGUACCAGCCCCAAAUUCACCAGAUCCUUACCAUGACCACCUGCUCCCCUUUGCCUAGAGCACCUCAGAUGAGAAAGGAGAGAUUGUGGGCUCUUCUUCUGAGAGGGGAGGCUUUGUUUAUACUCAGGGCUCUC